GCCUGGCUUGUCCGCUGGGGGGCGGGGGGAGGGAUCUGCGCCUGCGCGAAGCCACCGUUCACCGCUGCCCUCUGCGUGUGGGGCCAGGGAGGAUGGCGACCUUGGGGCGACGCUGGACCGCUGCACAGCCUUGAAGGGCUACAUGGAUGGGCUGUGAGGACGAGGUGUGCGGGAAGGGGGGCCAGCGGCCAAGAGGCCGUCCACACUCCCCCUCCUCCACCGCACACCCCUCACCACCGCUCCAGAUUCCCGGGGUGUCUCCCUAAGCAUCCAUCAGCACCCGUGCUUUCUGCUGGUUCCCUGUCUCUGCCCUGCAAGAGGUGGGUCCUUGGGCAGGCCAGAUAAUGCCUGACUUCAGUGACCUUGUCAUCCCAUAGAUCCACCAUCAACUGUCUACACUUUCCCACGAUCAGCAGAAAAUGAGUAGAUCGCAGGGGCCAGUGUCAUUCAAGGAUGUGGCUGUGGACUUUACCCAGGAGGAGUGGCAGCAGCUGGACUCUGAGGAGAAAAUCACAUACAGGGAUGUGAUGCUGGAGAACUAUAGUAACCUUGUCUCUGUGGGAUAUGGUAUUAUCAAACCAAAUGUGAUCAUUAAGUUGGAGCAGGGAGAAGAACCAUGGACAGUGGAAGGCAGCCUCUCCUCUCAGAGUCACCUGAAAAUCUGUAAAGUUGAUGACUCAUUAGGAAGAAUCCAAGAAAAUGAAGACAAAUGUACAAGGCAAGAGGAUGAUCUCAACAGUCAAAAAGCAGAAAGAGGGAUUAUAUUUGAGAAAACUUACAACCUAGAACCACCUCUCUUUUCUUUGAACACCAGAGCUCACAAUUGUGUCUCCUGUGGGAAGACUUCGGAAUCUAUUCCAGAAUUAAUUAGUAGUGACGGAAGCUAUGCAAAAGAGAAACCCAGUGAGUGUAUUGAGUGUGAGAAAUCAUAUGGAGAGAAACCCUAUGAAUUUGAUCAAAAUGAGAAUUCUUGUUCUCAACAUGAUCAAGGUAUUCUACAGAAAAUCACCAUUUUGGAGAAGCCCUUUGAGUAUGAGUGCAUCGAAGCCUUAGACAGUAAAGCUGUCUUCAUGGCUCAUGGGAGAGCGUACAUGGAAGAUAAAUCCUAUGAAUGGAAUGAUUCAGGCCCAGACUUCAUCCAGAUGUCAAAUUUCAAUGAGUAUCAGAGCUCACAAAUGGAAAUGAAGCCCUUUGAAUGUACAGAAUGUGGGAAAUCCUUCUGUAAAAAGUCCAAAUUCAUCGUACAUCAGAGAGCUCACACAGGAGAAAGACCAUAUGCAUGUAAUGUGUGUGGAAAGUCCUUCAGUCAAAAGGGAACCCUCACUGUACAUCGGAGAUCACACUUAGAGGAGAAACCUUACAAGUGUAAUGAAUGUGGGAAAACCUUCUGUCAAAAGUUACACCUCACACAGCAUCUGAGAACUCAUUCAGGAGAGAAGCCCUAUGAAUGUAAUGAGUGUGGGAAAACUUUCUGCCAAAAGACACAUCUCACUCUACACCAGAGAAAUCAUUCUGGAGAGAGGCCCUAUCCAUGCAAUGAAUGUGGGAAAUCCUUUUCCCGCAAGUCAGCCCUCAGUGACCAUCAGAGAACACACACAGGAGAGAAGCUUUAUAAAUGUAAUGAGUGUGGGAAAUCCUACUCCCGAAAGUCCACUCUAAUCACACAUCAGAGAACACACACAGGAGAGAAGCCCUAUCAGUGUAGUGAGUGUGGAAAAUUCUUUUCUCGGGUGUCAUACCUCACCAUACACUACAGGAGCCAUUUAGAAGAAAAGCCCUAUGAAUGCACAGAAUGUGGUAAGACCUUCAAUCUAAAUUCAGCUUUUAUUAGGCAUCGUAAGGUACACACAGAAGAGAGACUCCAUGAGUGUAGUGAAUGUGGGAAGUUCUCUCAACUGGCGUAUCUCCCUGACCACACAAAUGAUUUAGGAGAAAAACCCUAUGAAUGUAAUGAGUGUGGGAAAACGUUCCUUGAAAAUUCAACCUUCAGUGUGCACCAGUCCAUUCCAGAAGGGGAAAAAACUUAUGAAUGUAAUAUAUGUGGGAAGUCAUUCACUGAUUUGUCAUGCUACACUGUACAUUACAGAGGUCAUGCAGAAGACAAACCAUUUGGGUGUAAUGAAUGUGGGAAAACCUUCUCUCAUAAUUCAUCCCUCUUUAGACAUCAAAGAGUACACACAGGUGAGAAGCCCUAUGAAUGUUAUGAAUGUGGGAAAUUCUUCUCUCAGAAGUCAUAUCUCACUAUUCAUCACCGGAUUCAUUCAGGAGAAAAACCCUAUGAAUGUAGCAAGUGUGGGAAAGUCUUCUCUCGGAUGUCAAACCUCACUGUACACUACAGAAGCCAUUCAGGAGAGAAACCCUAUGAAUGUAAUGAAUGUGGGAAAGUCUUUUCUCAGAAAUCAUACCUCACUGUACAUUACAGAACUCAUUCAGGAGAGAAACCUUAUGAAUGUAAUGAAUGUGGGAAAAAAUUCCACCACAGAUCAGCCUUCAAUAGCCAUCAGAGAAUUCAUAAAAGAGGGAAUAUAAAUGUACUCAAUGUAGAAAAUCUCUGAGGUCUUAAUUUUUCUGUAACCAUUAGGUUAUAAUGAAUAUCAGAAAUCCAAUAUGAAGUCAA